UGUGUUUGACUUUAUUUUCCUUUUACUUAUUUCAUGUGCCUGUGUGUUUAUUUGUGAUACGUUCCCAUACUGUUAUUUUAUUUUUACCUCUAGGUGUUUUUUAAACUUUGGUUUUGUUCGUAUUUACAUAACAGUCAGCUCUAUGGGUGUCUGGAUGGACUAGAGCUUUUAUGGACUAGACCUCUUUUCACUCUUAUUAGUAAUAGUAAUAGUAUUAUACCUCUAUACUCUACAUUUUCGUUGCUAUACAAACUGUGGAUCAGACUUGCAAGUUUCAAUUUGCGUUCGAGCGCCGUCAUGCUGCUCAGCACGACAGCGCACGUUGGCGUGGGCGAGGGUCCGUGAACGCACCGUCAGACUGGUGCGUGCGCUGUGCUGACGAGCCGUUGCUUGUGGAAACAGCUGGUGGUUUCUGUCAGAGAGCGUUUCGGGCUCAGCGACGGCGUUAGCGGCCGAUAAAAGUUCUCGCUAGGCUGCGAAGUGCCCGAGGGCGCUCGGACUCGGGUCUCCGCCGCCGUCCCCGCAGACGCCGGCGCGUGACGUCCCGUGAACGCCACUUUACCGGGCUGUUAAUUAAGCGCCUAGCUUGUUAGCGGCGGACAGCGGCUAACUCCUGCUAGCUUUGCAGCCGGUCCCAUAGGAACCGGCCGCCAGCGCCCUUAUAGUUGAGUCCAGACGACGACACCAUGACUCACGUCCAUUAUAAAUUCUCCUCCAAACUCAGCUACGACACGGUGCUGUUCGACGGGCCGCACAUCACGCUGAGGGACCUGAAGAGGCAGAUCAUGGGCAGGGAGAGGCUCCGCGCCGGGGACUGCGACCUGCAGAUCACCAACGCGCAGAGCAAAGAAGAGUACACAGAUGAUGAAGGUCUCAUCCCAAAAGGCUCCUCCGUCAUCGUCAGGAGGAUCCCAGUUUGUGGAGGAAAGUCCAGCUCCAACACCAAGACCAAAAACAUUGAGAGCUCAGCCGUCUCGUUUCACCACACUUACGGAGCCGCCAAAGCAAUGGACGAGCAGAGUUCUUCCAGAGCCCUGCCCUUUUUGGCCAAGAUGGCCAACCUGGCUGAAGCAGAUGUGUCGGAGGAGGAUAAGAUCAGGCUAAUGCUCAAUCAGUCCACCUACGAUGCCAUGAAUUACAACAAGAGGUUUGGUGCUGUCCUUCCUCCAAACUACACCUGCUACCGCUGUGGAAAUGCUGGGCACCACAUCAGGAGCUGCCCCGCCAGUGGGGACAAGAAUUAUGAGGCCCCUGUGAGGAUAAGGAAGAGCACCGGCAUCCCGCGCUCCUUCAUGGUGGAGGUGGACGACCCCAGUAUGAAGGGAGCCAUGCUGACCAACACUGGGCGCUACGCCAUUCCUGCCAUAGAUGCAGAAGCGUACGCCAUCGGGAAGAAGGAGAAGCCGCCGUUCGUCCCGCAGGAGAAGCCGGCGUCGGAGGCCGAGGAGGACCCUGUGCCCGACGAGCUGCUGUGCCUCAUCUGCCGCGACCUGCUGAGCGAUGCCGUGGUCAUACCCUGCUGUGGAAACAGCUACUGCGACGACUGUAUUCGCACGGCUUUACUGGAUUCAGAGGAACACGUCUGCCCCACCUGUAGCCAGUCAGACGUCUCUCCUGACACUCUGAUAGCCAAUAAAUUCUUACGACAGGCUGUUAACAAUUUCAAGAAAGAGCGAGGUUACACCAAUACCUUGACGAGGAGGUGUGGUGCCGCCCAGUCCCAAAAUCUAACCACUAGAUCGAGCCCUGUCACCACCCCGCCUCCUCUUACAGGGCAGAGACAGCCUCAGAAGCCUCUCCAGCCAACCUCCAGUCAGCAGCUCCAGCCACGUGCUGCAGACCCACCACCGCUGCCUGAGGCUCCUCCUGCAGCGACGGGCCUGGCCUCUGCUUGCAGCACACCUGGCCCCUCCAUCCAGCCUGAGCAAAGUGGUCCGGAGAGCCACGAUAAGAAGCCUGAGGAGGAGACUGACGAUGACUCUGUUGUUGCUCCAUCUGUGCUGGCGUCAAACAAAGAGCCGUCUCCUGCGCCGUCGCAGCAGAUACCAGUGGUUAGCCACACAGCGGCGGCGGAGCAGCCCGAGACCAUCUGUGUGAAACAGCAACCCUCCUCCUGCUUAAGUGCAGCACCCAGCCCCUGUGGGCCGCCGACCUCCUGGGACAGCUCCUCCUUCUCCUCCUCAGCGCAUCCCAGCAGAGGCUGGACUGAAACCCAGCAGCUUAAUUCAGCCACGACGACUCCUCUCUUUCCCUCCCCCAUGUUCCUCUCCCCUCAGCAGUCUCAUCCCAGUUUCCCUCUUGGAUACCAGCCAACCACAUCCCUCUGGCCAGUCCCAAGCCCCCACGGCACCCCCAUCCCCUCCCUCUGCUCCUCCAUGUCAACAUCCUCCAUUCCUUCUCUCACCUCCUCCACCUCCACGCCCUUUAUCCCUUCCCUCAUCCCCGAUGAGUGGUACAGACAUCAGAGAAAGAAGAAUGAAAGAGGAACGUCCUACAGGGAUUCCACCUCUCGAUCGAAGUCUUACAAGUCCAAGUCGUCUCGAUCCUACUCCAACUCUUCAAGCAGGUCCAGAUCCCGUUCGCGGUCCAGAUCGAAGAGCAGAUCCAGACACCAGUCGCCUUAUUCCCGUCACAGAAGCCUGCACACCCGCUCUCAUGCCUUCAGCUCCUAUAGUUAUGGUUACAAAUGCUCACGUUCCCCCACUCCAUCAUCAUCGUCUUCUCCCCGAGUGAGCCACUCUUCCAGGUCCAAGUCACCAUCAGAUCACCAAAGGAAGCGCCACCACAGCCGUCACCAGAACAAGAAGUCAUCUUCAAGCAGAUACGGCUCCAGAAGGAGAGGGGAACGGUCCGUGAGGGAAGCGGGGAGCUCAGAAGCCACUUUAGUCAGUCCUCUGUCUGCUCCGAGAGGGAGCCAGUCCUCCAGCCUGGAUCUGGAGAGAGAGCGCUACCUGCAGUGGAAGAAGGACUACAAAGAGUGGUGUGAGAAAUAUUUCAGCAGCUACGUCGGCCACUUCCACCAGCUGCCUCUUCCCCUGCUCAACCUCCCUCCUCCUCCUCCUCAGUGGGAGGACGCAACAAGACCUGAGAGCAGCUCACGUGCCAAGCCAGACUCUGACGGAAGAUGCCCCACUCCGCAGGACGGCCACUCCCCCUCACUGCGAUCGUCCAGCGCCAGCCGAUCUCCUCCAUCACACUCACUAAGCGACAGCCGCUCCACGGCCUCUCAGUCGUUCAGUGACAGCUCUUCUCCGUCUCACACUUCCAGCAACAGCCGCUCUCCUCCCUUACGCUCUUUCAGUGACAGUCUCUCCACACCAUCUGAAGACAGGGCUCAGAUGGGCCACUCACCAGCGCCCAAGGGCACUGAGGAAGUUAACCUGCAAUAUAUAAAUAAGGGAGACAAAAAGGUGAAUGUAAAAAAUCUGGAGGGUCUCGGCUCACUUAAACAUGACCGAAGGAGGACAAAGAGCCACAAGGACGGAAGAGAGGGCAAGAGUGUGAGCGUAACACGUGAUGAGUGGCUACGCGACACUGGACCAAAUGCCUGCAAGGACACAGGAUUUGCAGCACAAGAUAAAGAAACUAUCAGUGGUGUUGUGAGGUCAGUGCAGCCUUGCCCCAAAUCCAAUAAAUAUUUGGAUGCACACCAUGAAAGAGAAAGCAGAGACAGAAGAUGGAGAACAGGCAAACGUCCCGACUCCAGGCAAGAUGAGGACCGACGACGCAAAGGAAAGCACAGCAAAGAGAGAGCCCGGAGGGAGGCAGACCAGCACAGGAGCCGUGAGCGUGGCAGAAGUGCUGCAACCAAACCAGAGAAGAGUAGAAGAAGGAAAGGAGAGGAAGCGCAAAGAAAUAAAGCUCAUUGCAAGAGCGUGUCCCCAAACCCAGCGGAGAGAAACAAGCCAAACAAUGACAAGAAAGAUCCUCAAAAGCAAACUCUGAAAGAGAGUCAGAUCUGGGAGGACGGGAUGAAAGUGGCACCGCAGAAGAAGAAGAUCAACAUCAACAUCAACCUCAACCUGGACGGCAAAAGGAAGGAAUUUGAUUCACUGAGUGCUACAGAAAAACCAAAUGAGGGAAGUGAAAUGACUGGUAAUGGAGGCGAGGGGGAAGGUGACGCAGAUAAGGAAGACGUGGCUGAAACGAGCAAAACCUGGGAGAAAGGCACGUUCAGGGAGGUGAAGGUGUGGGAGGAGGAACAAAAAGGAGAGGGCUUUGACUUAUGGCACUGUGGCCUGAGAGGAGGAGUGGAGGAGGAGGAGGAAGGAGGGAGACACAGGUCCAAGGCUAGCAAAGAAGAGGAGGAGGUGACCAGAGAUGAGGAAAUGAGCAAGAUGUGGAACGAAGGUCACGAGAUCGCAGAUUUGAUCCAAAACACCCAGAAGGAGCAGGCAGACGGGGAAGACAUGUUCAACACAAACAGAGAAACGGCACUGGAUGAGUUAAACACACACACAAAGCAAGAAGCGACGCAGGGAGACGAUCCGAAGAUGUCCGAGGAGCAGAGGAGGCUUCAGAGGCCAGAAGCUGCAGUGGGCGAUGGCAGUAUCUGUGAGCAUCACCAGGAAAUGAGAAACUCUCUGGAGGAGAACCCCCGAGAGACAGACCCAGGAAGGGAGGAUGCGCCCGUGCACGUGAAGGUUCCUCUCUCCAGGUGGGAUAAAGCAUCCGACGAAGCGGAGCAAGACAAGUCAGAGGAGACUGCACAAGAUGCUGUUGCUGUGUCUGUGCCUCCACCAUCAGUGGCAGCAGCCAAGCAGGAGACUGAAGAGAAGAGAUGGAGGUCAGUGGACUCGGAGAGAGACAGGGACCGACAGAUGCCCAGAAGGCCGCACAGCGAUGCCAGUCAUGGUAUAAAUAGAGUGCUGGCGCCCUCUAGUGGCAGUUACAAAACUGACAGUACCAUGUGUACAGACGGAGAGAGGAAAAGAAGGAUGGAGAGGGACAGAGAGACAGGAAGGGAGGGUGAGAGAUCACGAGAGAGACGUAAAGAGAGCAGACGACCCAAAGACAGGAGGAGGGAGGAAGAGAGGGGGAGAGACCACAAGAGGGAUCCUCCUGCCUCUGGUUCCUCGUCCUCAGCAUCACGUGACGCGGAGAGGAGAGAGUGGCAGCGUGGAGGCGGCCAAGGCAGCGAGAGGAAAUACCUCCAUCCCAAAGACAGAAGUUCAGUCAGCACAGCCGUGGACGUGCCUGAUAGAAACGCCUCCAAAGCACAGAGCAACGCGGGUAAUUCUACCAAUAUGUGGGUGGGAGAGAGCGCGUGGCAGCAGAGGGGGGGGCUGCAGGAGGAGGAGGGGUCCAGCAGCCGCAGCAGCUACAGCUGUUCAUCAGCGAGCAUGGAGGACGAGAGCAGGAAGCCCCGAAAGGAGAGGAGGGCAGCUGUGGCAGAACAUCUGGAGGAGCAGGAGCUGCUUAGACACAGGAAGCCAAAGAAGAACGCAGAGGGAGAAGACAGGAGCGGAGCCGAGGUGGAAGGUGGAGGGGGCGACGGGGCGGACGCACCAGGCGUCCCUGGUUUCCAUGGAUGAAAAACCUACUUGAAUGUUUCUUUCUUUGUCAAAAAGUGCCUGGAUUUAUUUAGGUUUCUCUCCAGUGAUACUGUGUGGAUCAUAUUAUUUCAUGUCUCCUUUAAAACGAAUCCAAAGUGAACGUAAACAAAGCACUUUUUAUUAGCUGUGAGGAAAUGAAUGUGAAUGAAACACGGUGAAUCAUUUGUAGUUGGAUGGAUUUGCACACACUCGCUCAGGACUGUUGGAAGUUAUGGUUCAUAUCUACUGAACCUGCGGUUCCCAUGGAUUAAACCAGUGAGUAGUUUGAUUUGCCUCACGCUGGACCAGAUCACGGCGCUUGGGAUUAAUUUAAAAUUAUUACUGUGAAUAUUUAUGAUUUGAAGCUUUGUUUUAUUUUAUUUUAUUUAAUGCAUCAUUUCCAACAUCUACUGGAUGGAUGAAGAGUUUACCUGAGCAAAAUUUAGUUUUUCCUGUGAUGAAGGAAUAAAAAAAAUCCAUAAAAUGUGGAA